AUGGAGGGCAGUAUGGAAAAAACAGACGCAUCGGUGUCCGCGGCUGCCGACGUACUGCCUACCUCCUCCUGGAACAUUUCAAGCGAACUCGACAAAGAUUCCUUCUUGACGCUGGAUGAGCCCAUGAACAACAUAACCACAUCUCUGGGUCAGACUGCUGAACUGCACUGCAAAGUCUCUGGAAACCCACCCCCAACCAUCCGCUGGUUUAAAAAUGAUGCUCCUGUGGUCCAAGAGCCCAGGAGGAUUUCCUUUCGAGCUACCAACUAUGGUUCUCGCUUGCGGAUACGGAAUCUGGACACUACAGACACUGGUUACUUCCAGUGUGUUGCGAGCAAUGGCAAAAAAGUUGUGUCCACCACUGGAGUCCUCUUUGUCAAGUUCGGUCCCCCGCCCACGGCAAGCCCUGGAACAUCGGAUGAAUAUGAAGAAGAUGGGUUCUGCCAGCCAUACCGAGGAAUCGCAUGUGCCAGAUUCAUUGGUAACCGCACUGUCUACAUGGAGUCUUUGCACAUGCAAGGAGAAAUAGAAAAUCAGAUUACAGCUGCCUUCACCAUGAUCGGCACGUCCAGUCACCUAUCCGAUAAGUGCUCCCAGUUCGCGAUCCCCUCCCUUUGUCACUAUGCUUUCCCCUACUGUGAUGAGACCUCACCGGUUCCGAAGCCUCGAGACCUGUGCCGGGAUGAAUGUGAAAUCUUGGAGAAUGUCCUUUGUCAGACUGAGUACAUUUUCGCCAGGUCAAAUCCCAUGAUUCUGAUGAGGCUUAAGUUGCCCAACUGUGAAGACCUCCCCCAGCCAGAGAGCCCAGAGGCUGCCAACUGUAUCCGGAUUGGGAUCCCCAUGGCUGAUCCCAUCAAUAAAAAUCACAAGUGUUACAACAGUACCGGAGCAGAUUACCGAGGAACGGUCAGCGUGACGAAAUCUGGCCGACAGUGCCAGCCGUGGAACUCCCAGUAUCCCCAUACACACACGUUCACGGCUGUCAGAUACCCUGAGCUGAAUGGGGGACAUUCCUACUGCCGCAAUCCUGGGAAUCAGAAGGAAGCCCCAUGGUGUUUCACCUUAGAUGAAAAUUUUAAGGCUGACCUAUGUGACAUCCCAGCAUGUGAUUCCAAGGAUUCCAAGGAGAAGAAUAAGAUGGAGAUCCUCUACAUCUUGGUGCCCAGUGUGGCCAUCCCUCUGGCCAUUGCCUUGCUCUUCUUUUUCAUCUGCGUCUGUCGCAACAACCAGAAGCCCUCCUCGCCCCCCACCCAGAGACAGCCGAAGCACGUCCGGGGUCAGAAUGUGGAGAUGUCCAUGCUGUCUGCCUAUAAACCCAAGAGCAAAGCCAAAGAGUUGCCUCUGUCGGCUGUCCGGUUCAUGGAAGAAUUGGGUGAAUGUGCCUUUGGGAAAAUAUACAAAGGGCAUCUCUAUCUCCCAGGAAUGGACCAUGCUCAGCUGGUUGCAAUCAAGACCCUGAAAGACUUUAACAAUCCGCAGCAAUGGGCAGAGUUUCAGCAGGAAGCCUCCCUCAUGGCAGAGCUCCACCACCCCAAUAUCGUCUGCCUUCUCGGGGUGGUCACCCAGGAACAGCCGGUGUGCAUGCUGUUUGAGUACAUGAACCAGGGGGACCUGCACGAGUUCCUUAUUAUGAGGUCCCCGCAUUCUGAUGUGGGUUGCAGCAGCGACGAAGACGGAACCGUCAAAUCAAGCCUGGAUCACGGCGACUUCCUGCACAUCGCGAUUCAGAUCGCUGCAGGGAUGGAGUACCUAUCCAGUCACUUCUUCGUACACAAGGACCUCGCUGCUCGAAACAUCUUGAUCGGUGAGCAGCUCCACGUGAAGAUUUCCGACUUGGGGCUUUCCAGGGAGAUCUACUCAGCCGACUACUACCGAGUGCAAAGCAAGUCUCUGCUGCCCAUCCGCUGGAUGCCCCCCGAAGCCAUCAUGUAUGGCAAGUUCUCUUCGGAUUCCGACAUCUGGUCCUUUGGCGUCGUCUUGUGGGAGAUUUUCAGCUUCGGACUCCAGCCCUAUUAUGGCUUCAGUAACCAGGAAGUGGUGGAGAUGGUCAGGAAGCGGCAACUCUUGCCAUGCUCGGAAGACUGCCCUCCCAGGAUGUACAGCCUGAUGACGGAAUGCUGGAAUGAGAUUCCUUCGAGGAGACCGCGCUUCAAGGACAUCCAUGUCAGACUCCGUUCCUGGGAAGGGAUUUCGAGCCAUACCAGCUCCACAUCUCCCUCCGGGGGCAAUGCCACCACCCAGACCACCUCGCUCAGCGCGAGCCCCAUCAGCAAUCUCAGCAACCCAAGAUAUCCCAACUACAUGUUUCCAGCCCAGGGUAUACCUCAGGGGCAGAUCGCUGGCUUCAUUGGUCCCCCCAUACCUCAAAACCAGCGAUUCAUCCCCAUCAAUGGGUACCCGAUACCUCCUGGAUAUGCUGCUUUUCCAGCAACUCACUACCAGCCCCAGGGCCCACCCAGAGUCAUUCAACACUGUCCGCCUCCUAAGAGCCGCUCACCCAGCAGCGCCAGUGGCUCCACCAGCACUGGUCAUGUAACUAGCUUGCCCUCUUCGGGAUCCAACCAGGAGGCGAACAUCCCCUUGCUAUCCCAUGUGUCCCUUCCAAAUCAUCCAAGCGGAAUUGGCAUAACCGUUUUUGGAAACAAAACUCAGAAACCUUAUAAAAUAGACUCCAAACAACCAUCUUUACUAGGGGACUCAAAUAUCCAUGGACACACUGAAUCAAUGAUUUCUGCAGAACUGUAAAACACAAUUUUUUUAUAAAUAUGAUAUACAGUACAAACUAGAAAGCCGUAGAAAAGAUUUAUAUUCAAAUAUUUUAUUAAAGUAAGAUUUUUUUGAUUGUUUAGCAGGCAUUGCAACAAGUAUCUUCUGUGAAGUGUAACUGUGUGCUUAGCAAGAUGGGCCAUAACAGACGGCCAAAAAAAAUCUUUUAUUUAGUCAACAAAAAUUAUUAAGUACCUAUUAUGUGCUAAAUGCUGGGAAUACAGAGACAAAAGUGACACAGUCCCUGCCCCAAGGAACUUAUAUUCUAUUCCUAUUGUGCCUUGAACAUUGUGUCAUGUUGGGUAACCUGACAUCAGGAUUGGUGCACAUCACAUCAGGUACUCAAAGCUAUCAUCCAAGGAAGAGUCAUUUUCAAAGAAAUGUGAGGAUGGGAUUUCCAACCAAGUCAAAGAGUGCAUUGGAUAUCCAGUGGCUUUAGUACUCCCCAAAAUCUAUCCAGUAGCUUUUGUGUGACCACCAUGUUUAUUUUCAUGUUUAGAAAGGGUAAGACUUUGGUUCAAUUUGAGCAUAGUGCAUGUUGGCAUGGAAGACUGAUGUUUACUUUUUUUUUUCUUUUGGUCCAGACCUGUGAUUUCAUCAUUUGGGGAACUCCCAUUGUGGAAAUUCCCUACACUCUUGCAGUUUGGGCCACUUGGCUGUUCCUCACAGUCUUAGAAAGUUGCCCAGGGAAUUGGGAGGCUAAGUAAUUCACCCAAGAUCACCCAGCUAAAGGCAGGAAAGACUUGAACCCAAGUCUUCUUGACCCCAAUACCAGACCACUAGCCACUCCAUUCCUCGGCAUUUCAAAAAAAGUAAGGGAAUUUGAGACCAACAACAUUAAAAUAUAGGAUUCAAUAUGAGCCAUGAGAGGUUUUCAUUAUUUCUCCAUGGGUUUUCUCUGUGGUGAGGUGCCCAUACUUUUUCUUGGAUGUAAAUUUCCUUUGCCCAAAGGGCAGGCCUUCUGAUGGUUCUCAUGACCCCUUAUUCAGUCGUGCUGGAGCUAGACACUUUUCUCCAUACCUAUGCCACUGAAGCCCCUAUAAUAACUUGAGGCGCAGGUAUGUCAGGCAUGGGAGCAGAAAUAAAUGCUGACAGAGGCCUGGUUAUUUCAUAACACGUGUCCUAAUCUAGUAGAUGGUUUAAGCUGAAGGGAUGAUGAAAAUGAAAAUGACUUCAAGGCAUGAUCCAAAGGAUAAUCCCAAGGCUAGAGAGUCUCUAGAGAUGCUCCUCUGGAUCGACAAGGCCAAUGAGUGUUGUAUGGUGGCAUGGUACCAGCUGAAUGCUCCUUCCCCAUUUUGUAUUUAUUACAUUUCCAAGAGUUCAGAGAAGCAUAACAUCAGCAAGAUGGUUUACCAUCAAUGAAUCAAAAUUCCCAGUUUUUUUGCCCCAGUCUGAUCUUGAUGAUAAUGAAAUUUCCUGCUAAGUUAAUUAAAGUGAUGCCUUUUAAAUGAGCCGGAUAUGUCCAAUGGGCUUUCCUCAAAUCCCAACAUUUAAAUGACCAUGGUUGUUGGAAAUUGAUUGGAAUCCAAAAAAUAUGAUUCCCAUAUGAUAGUUGCAUUAUCAUAGUCUACUCUUCCACUUCCCAUGGGCUUAUAUGGAUAGCCAGGAUUUUAUAGAUAACCAAUAACUGGGGUAUUUAAUCUGUUAAAUAGAAGCAACAUAUUAUCUAGUAUACGCAGAUGGAGGUACAGGCUAUGGAGUAAAUGACCUUUACCAGCCAGACACAUUAUACUGAGUUUGGAAUUUGCAUAGGUUUCAUGUUUCUAUACAGAAGGGAUUUUUAUAUUUGAUUUUUGUUUCUCUUGGGAACAGUGCCUCAUAUUAAAAAAAACAUUAAAGAGACUCAUAGCAUGUGAAGUAGAUCUUGCAAACAAUAUUUAACAUGAGAGAAUUAGAAACAUCUCGAUGUUUCCAUUUUAAAAAUAGUGUUAGGAAGAAGAACAAAGCAAGUAUGAAUUCAGAAGAAUGUCUUGGGGUUUUCCCAAAUGCCAUCUCUUGAAAUGCCCAGAAAAUAACGUAUGUGAACUGAUAAAUGGAGUUUAUUUGCAUUUAUUGUGAGGCUACAAGAAUUAACAUUUGUUGAUUUCAUGGCAUAAUUAAGCUCACUCAGAAGUUAUGUGUCUUCAUUUUUAGGUAGGUUAAUUAGAGCAAGAUAUUUUCUUCCUUUUGUUGCUAUGCAACUGUUUACUGAUGAUGCUUCAAACCACAAUUUUAUAUAUGUUCAUAUGACAAUCAUUUUUCCAAGAAUAUUUAUUAUUUUAGGUAAAUACGGAAUUUUAGUGAAUCUGAGUUUUUCCGGCGAUCCCUAAAAGGGAAAUUAGCAUUCCAUGAGCCAUUUAGCAAUUCUUUGGGAAAACAAAAACAUUUUUAUAGCAACGAAGUAACGUAAGUUUGAGUUGACUUUUUAUAACGAAGUAUGGCAUUAUUUUUCAGCAUUUGCAUAAUUUUUAUGCUACAUUCAGGUACGAGCCUUCUGGAUUUUGAAACCACUUCUAAGAAGAUCUAAAGUGCCAUGAUGGGACAUCAUGGUAUCUCUGUUUUGUGUGAAAAGAGUUUUUUUUUCACAAAUAGAAAAAUAUCAUUUGCUCCCUUGACAAUGCUUUUUGGUAAGAUGCCUUUGUUUUCAUAUCUUUUUUGCACAAAACAAUGUCCACGUUUUGUAUUGAAGAAGUGACAAUGCAGUUCUGCCUUUUCUAUCUCAUCUGUUUCUCUUAUUUUUUAAUGAUGUAGAUUUUCUUCUAAUCUCUCAUGGCAAUAUUUGGAUCGAUUGCCUUGAUCGCGUUUUAUUAUUUUCACUGCAUGCAUUUUAAUCACUGUAUUCCUUGAUGUUUGAUUUAUUAAUUAUGGGCAUUUCAAUUAGAAGAGCAUGGAAAUGUACUAAGAAAGGCUAUUUUAUAUUGAGAAUAUAUGCAUUUUGUAUUCCACACACCAGAGAUGAUAUUACACACUGAUUAUUUUAUGCUGCUGUUUAUUAAAACAUUUUUAAUAUG